UGCGAUCCUCUCUCUCUCUCUCUCUCCGUCCUUUGAUUCGAAAAAACAAUCGCAUAAACAACGAGGGGGGAGUCGUCUUCCCUGUCCCUGUCCCUCUCCUUCCUUCCCCCACUGGGGGCCAUAAACCCCGAGGAAAACCCCGCGACGGCCAUGGCCGGCGCCGGGGGCGGCCGGGGCCGGGAGCUGCGGAUGUCCAUCGAGGAGGUGGCCAAGAAGCUGUCCCUGUGGCACACGGCCACGUUCCGGCCCAUCCUGACCCACGACGAGCUGGAGCCCAUCCUGGCCGCGGCCGGCUUCGUGCCGGCGCCGCCCAGCCAGCACCAGCAGCAGCAGGAGUGCCUCCCCGCCGCCGCCGGCGCGGCCGUGGCGUGGCGGGAGUACGCCUUCCUCGGGUGCAAUGCCAACGCAGCGGCGCGGCGGCGCCCCGGCCCCGGCCCGCGCCCGCGCCCUCGCCUGCCGCACCCGCGCCUCGACGGCCUCCACCUCAAGACCUACGAGGCCUUCCUCGGCGCCGUCGAGGCCUACCUCGGCGCCGACCGCGUCUCCAACCUCUUCCACGUCAGGCUGAUGCCGGUGACCAACCCGCACGACCGGGCGUUCGACAAGGUGUUCCGCCCCAUGCGGAACUUCAGCCCGGAGGAGGACGGGCUCAUCGUGUACCGUGAGGGCACCCUGGACGACCUCACCUUCGAGAUGUGCAGCCGCCACGGCGGCGUCGGGGACCUCGCCCGCCACGUCAUCCCGGGCGUCAGCUGCGCCGACCUCGGCUACCUCCGCAAGGUCGACGGCAACUGCCACCAGGAGGGCUGCUGCGCUAGACACCCCGCCGCCGGCGGCGGCUAUGACUUCUUCGCCGUCCAUCUCAAGGAUCUCCUCCCCAAAUACUAGCUGAACCUGUGCGCUCUUGAAAAGAUGCAUUGGUCGUCAGCUAGCUAGCAGAGAGUAGGUGCUAGUCGCUAGCAGAAUUAGCAGCGGUGAGGCGUCGAUUACAAGGUGACUGCAAUUAGUUACAGUGACAUUAUAGACUUAUAAUAGUGCUGGUCAAGGUUGAUCCUUCCUUUUCGAGUGUAUAAUCUGUUGCGAGUCAUGAUUGCGCAUGCAUGUUGAGCGAGUUCUGUCAGCAGCAUGAAGUUUUGGGGAGGUAUCUGUACCUGGGCUUAAUGUGGAUGAUAGUAAUGGUAUGAAGAAAUGGAAUCAUGUGGUGACAAGUUGCUUA